GAGUGAGCCUGUGUCUCGUCCUCACUCCUGGCACUCCACUAAGCUUGGGGAGUCUCAACAGGAUCACAGUAUGAUGCAGAUAUCCCAGGGCAGCAUGGGAGCCUGGCACCAAAACUACCACUCCAGUGCCUCUACCACUGACCUGUCCAGUUAUGAGGCAGGUUACUUGAGGAAAAGCCCAGAUCAGUACAGCUCCCGGGGCAGCAUGGAGAGUCUAGACCCUCCACACCCUACCUACAGUUCCUGCCACCAGCUGUCCUCUUCCAAAUCCUCCAACAGCAUUGACCACCUCCACAGCAAGCGUGACUCAGCCUAUAGCUCUUUCUCUACCAGCUCUAGUAUCCCAGAGUACCUUACAGCUGCCCCAUCAUUCAGUAAAGAGCGUUCCUAUUCUAUGGAGAACUUUCCCCAACAGAGAGGGGCAGAGGGCAUGCAACAGGCAGAUAUACGCUACGUCCGUACUAUCUAUGAUCCCCAGCAAGGUGUGUCUGAGGAACAUGAGGUAACUUCCACAGGGCUGAUGAGGACCAAUGAGAGCAGAGCACAGGUCAGAGGUGGGAGUGGUCAAGGCCGAGGUAACAGUAGUUGCAGUGGGAGUAGUGGGAGCAGCAGUGGUGGAACCUCAGUAUCACACCGACACAGUGUAGGGCCAGUGUGGGUACAAGCACAAAACCGUAACUCCUUUGAGAGUCUGAAGGGGGCACCAGCACCACCAUUACGCAGUGACAGCUAUGCAGCAAUUCGCAACCAUGAACGGCCCAACUCCUGGUCCAGUCUAGAGCAGGCCCGAUCUCUGAGAGCCCUCCACAAAGGCUCCUGGCACCACUCCAGUGGUUCUGUGGCAUCUGGCAAGUCCUCAUUUGGGCUUGAGGCACAGCUGCACACUGUAAUUGAGAAAAGUCCUGAGAGCAGCCCCACCACUAAACCCAAACAGAGCUUCCCUCAGGCUUCACAACCUGGGCGUCCAAUGCUGCCCACUGGCAUCUAUGCUGUGCCACCACCUGAACCCCAUUUUGCACAAAUCCCCACUAGCAGCCACAGUUCUAGUGGUGUUUACCCAGCACUUGCCAAGGAGAGCAGGCACACCUCUCAGAGGGAUCAGGACACAGGGUCUGUAAGUGGAGAUACAGUGGUAGUAGAAAAUGGAUACCAAAGCAGCUCCAUCCAGCCUCAUGGCUCAGCUCAGCCUAAGCAAACUGAGCGAGGGCAGGAGGAAGCCCAAACCAAAUGCGGUCUGUACCGGACACAUUUACAAGCACAGGACCAUAUGCCCUCUGUUGCAUCUAUAAACCAGGAAAGGAGGGAUCCAUACACACCAGUGCAGCAAAGGGGAGAGAGACUAAAUUAUCCUUCCAACACAGAGAUCACUGAUAGUCACAAAUUCACCAAGGAGGAGGAGCAAAGUAGAUAUGCAGAGCAAAGCAGCUACUCGGGACCUACUUAUAUGGCAGGCAAAGUUGCUCAGGGACAGGUUCCUCAUUCUUAUACGGCUAGCUCAGUGCAAGCACAUGGAAGUGACUCAAGAAGCAGUGCUUCUGUGAGGCAACACACUGACACAAGAGCCUACCAGGAAAGAGAUCCGGAUCAUCCUCUGACCCGGUUGGAGAAUGCCCUGGCAGAGGUGCAGAGGUGUGGUAGUCCUGAAAGCACAGCUAGCCAGUACAGCUUUCAGAGUGAACGUAGCAUGUCUGUUCUUGAAAAAGUCAGUCACUUUGAGAGGCGUGAGCAAACAAAGCCUCGUAGCCACAGUUGCCUUUCCAACUAUGGUUCAUCUGCUCGAGCAAGCCAGGCAUCUCGGAGUGCUAAGAGUUCUGUGUCUGGUGUGGAGGACCUCCGUAACAUGCUGGAGAGAAGCAGCAACUUGUCCCAGCAAGGGAGAACUAGGAGCUAUUCUAGUGCACUAAGCCAUGAAGGUAAUAAUGAUGGCCUCCAGGAGUGUCUGAGUCAUACAAGUGCUGAACAUCCUCAGGCCAGAUACUCACAGAACCCUACCACAAUCCUGCCAAGAAGCAAGAGCACCUUCCAACUCACUGAGGAGAAUGGCCAGGAUUCCCACUGGAAAGAUAAUGUCCAGGACACAAUUGGAACAAUUCAAGAUGUGUCCUUCAACCGAGCUUACAGGGACAGCAUCAAAGAUGCCCAGAACAAGGUGCUGAGGUCCACCUCCUUCCGCCGGAGGGACCUGAGCAUCAACCCUCCACCAGUGCCUGCAAAACACACAUCCAUGAAGGCACCUAAGACAAGUCCCAAGCCAUCAACACCAUCCCCUCAUACUCCAAAAGAGCGUCAUGUUGUCCCUGUUGAAAUAGCUGACAGAACAAGUCCUCCAGAGCUACCAAGCGUUCCAGCUGUGGGACCACCUAUUAUGCGGAUUGGGGGGCGCAAGCGACUCACAAAGGAACAGAAGAAGCGUUCAUACUCAGAACCAGAGAAUAUGCAUGAGGUAGGAGUGUCUGAUCCAGAGACAAGGAGGGGCCCUCAGCAGUUUCUCUUCCCAGAAACCAGCGUUGCUGAUCGACGUAAGGUAUUUGAGCAAGUUGCCAGUCGUAGUGGUGGACCCAAACCUGCCACCUCCCGACCCAAUCUGAAACAACUUCAACAAGAUGCUCUGGCUGAGUAUAUGGAGCGCAAGACAGGAAGAAGGGUGGAUGGUCGUCCUCAUCGCCCCCACAGUGCCUACCUCCAGUCAUACUCAUCUUCAAAUGAGUCUCGGAGCCUCUCCUCCACACCUAGCAUGACUUCAUUGCAGGACCUGGGAUCAGAUGUCAUUUCUGGAAUUACAUGUCAUUCCUCUACCUUCCUAGCUGGACUGCAGAACUGCCCGUAUCCCAGUAAAGGCCCUUCAAAUCAGGCUCAGCCUGAAAGCUACACUCCUGCCUACAGAUCACAAGGCAGGACACCAGAACCCCAGAGAACAGAGAAAGAACCAGAGAAACUCAACACAACCUUAUCUAUAGUUCCAAAUCAAGAACAACUUCACUGUCACAGUUUUUCCCAACGACGAGAUAUGAGCUUUGAGAGAGCUACUCCAGCUAGAAACUCAGGGAAAUCAGCUUCUGCAGAGGAUCUGCUGGACCGCACAGAGGAAAGGCCAGUGCCUCAGCACUUCAGGUCCAGAUCCUCUCCUGCUGUGGAACAUUUUAAUCAGGAUUUCUUGGCCAGAGACCUCCGAUUGUCCAAGGACCCCUUUUCAGCAUCCCAAUAUAACAGCAGGCCAUCUAAUCAUCUAGGCUCAGCAUCUCUCCACUCAGACCAGUAUCUGUUCAAUCCAGGCCUGUACCAAUCAAAUGUUCCUGUGGUGCGUAGAGAAAGACAGAAACACAGUGAGCGACAGCGGGCACAAAGUGCCUCUGGCCUGGCUGCCUCUGUGGGCUUGCCUUGCCCCUUCACUACGCCAAGCACUGGUGCCACCCCAGACUGGCAGGCCAGUGAAAGGCUGUGCCAAGCUAACCUGGAUGCCAUCUCCUUUCCAAUCAUGCCACAAGGUGAAGCUCCAGUGAAUCCAGAGAAGACCUCCACACAAAUGGUGCGGCAGAGUUCAAACGACACAAGCACGUCUGAGGAAACACUGAAAGACCUCCCCAGAGAGGGACCAUGCCCACAGGUGAUGGUCACACCAAAGACUCUGUCACCAUCGCCUUCACCUUGGGAUGCCAAGGACACCUCUGCUUUGUCUCUCACUGAUUGCAACCCCAGGCCAGGUCACCAGGGCCCACCCACAAAACCAAGAGGCCAGAUGUCCCAUUUUAAGCCCCUCUCCUUCCCACGAAUCUCAGAAUCCAGCCUCAAGAUCACUCCACCCCCAAACAUUGCACAGGAUGAUGAUGAGGUGUUCUUAGCCCCACCCUCUCCCCCACCCCCACCUCUACCCAUCCGGGAAACAGACAUCACUGAGGACCUUCCUCUUCCUCCUCCUCCUCCCUCAGUCUUACUGGAGGAGGAAGAGUCAGAGCCAACAGAAGCUCCUGAUCCCUCUGGGCUUCCAAGCAGCAUUUCCAAUGAUCUCAGUGACACGACUUCUAUCAAAGAGACACACGCAAACCCCACCAUCUCCACAUCCCUGCCUGUGACUCCUGACCCCCAGACAUCUUCUGAAAUAGCAAGUGUGGGUGUAGAGCCUUACCCUCAGUCACCCAAUAAUGAUGAGGAAGAGGUUACAGAAAGCCAUGGACCCGAGUACAGGCUGCUCUCCAAGAGAGAGAGAUCAUCAGUGGAAUUGAGGGUGGAGACUCUGGCUCGGGACCUGGUAGCCCAGGACAAAUCCCUCAUCCUGCUUCUGGAUGCCUGGGCUGGGCGGAACGCCCUGGACCUGAUGGGGGAGAUUUUUCCUGCCAGUGGCCAGUCACAACAGCAGCGCACACAGAGCAACCAAGAGGAUAACAGGUCACAGGUCACUGUUUCAGGGGAUCAGCUCCAGACUGCAGCCAGAGGAAUGGAGACAGAUCUGGAUAAUGAGGAAAAUGACCUUAACCAGAAAAAAAUGGAGCUAUUGCAGGCUCUGAGCAUGAGUUUGGCAGUUCUGCAUGAAGAGAGACGGGUAUUGGCUGAAGAGCAGAAAAGAUUCAAUGAUCUGGGCAAAAGUAUGGAGGCUUUAGUUCAGGAAUGCUGUAAACCCAAUGAGAGAGAGAAGUAUCGCAUGUUUAUUGGAGAUCUGGAUAAAAUUGUCAACCUGCUGCUGUCACUCAGCGGGCGGAGGGCCAGAAUAGAGAGCGCACUGACAGCACUCGACAUGGAUGAGACGGAGGAAAGCGCAGAGGAGAGAGAGUCUCUGCAGCAGAAGCGUGAACUGUUGUGCAGUCAGCAGGAGGAUGCACGGGAGCUAAAGGAGAAUCUGGACCGGCGCCAACGUGUAGUUCUGGAUAUUUUGGGUGGGUACCUGAGCAGGCCACAACUGCGGGACUACCAGCACUUUGUCCGAAUGAAACCCGCACUUCUCAUUCGACAACGCCACCUCGAUGAGCUCAUCAAGCAGGGUGAGGAGCAACUGCAGCGACUAGGGGGGGACUGUCCCCUGGAGCACCACCCCCAAACAAGUGGCCACACCCCAUGUUCUAAGCCAGCCCCAUCUUCACGUUCCACCGCUGUGACUUCACUCUGACUCUCCCCACUCCACUGGUUUCACUGCUCCCUACUCAGAAACAAUACUUGAUGAGACAACUGAACUGUUCUUUGUAAAAACAUGUAGGCUGUUUUAUUCACCCGACAGGAACAUACCUUUAGUGAAGGUUGACACAAUAAAAUGAAGAAUAUCACUCAUUGCUUUAUGAGUGUGAGUGCACCAUUUGGUUGUUUAAGCAGCCUUGGAUAUUACAGACAGUGAC